CGAAAUCAUUAGCUAUGGUAGAUUCCGCUUAAGUACUGAGUUUGAGUUCCACAUACCAUACAGGCUGUCACGUGGUGUAAACGAGCUAUCAAACACCUGGGUUAUAAUGGUGGCAGGGUGUUAACUACGUCUUCUGCCACACUUCUUGGAUAUAACCCAGACACCAAGUAUGCCUGAUUUAGGCCUGCAUAUUAGUGUCAUCGUGUCGCUGAUACAGUUUCGCACAGAUGGACGAAGACGCUGUAAUGGCGGAUACCCCAUUACAAGUAUCCGAGGGUCAAGUAACGGUGACCUAUGACAAGCCUGCAGGCUCAGUGGCACAGCCUAGUCGAGAGUUUAAAGACAUCCAGGUCAAGGUCCAUGUCAGACGACCGGAGAGGGACUCGUGGGUGUACUUGGGACGUGCGCUGGUCUCCCAAGAGUUCAUGGGUCAAAACUCCCGAGUGGUGGUGCGGUCCAUGUCUUCGGGAAAGGUUCUCGUAGUCUUCGGAGAGGUGUCCGAUCUGCAAGCUGAAAAACGCGGCAAUUUUGUCGUGAUCGGUUGUAUCGAGGGCGGCAGUGUCGUUUCUUGGUCUUUGAAUGCAUUGAAUAAUUCGGAGACACUCCGUCUACUUGCAAGUGUCGAACUUGCGUGUUACAAGUGCAGCCUAGCUGUCAUUGACCCUAGAACCCAUGCCAAAGUCCGCCGGCGCAUUGAGCGCACUAUAAAGGAAGACAGACGGAGAAGGCACAAGCGACGCAAAGACCACGACGCCAUGAUUGAUGCCUUUUCUAGACAGCACUUGGAUGAAGAUGUAGAGUCAAAUUCAUGAAGGUUACCUCCGACUGGUGGCUGAAGUAUAGUCCCUCGGAAAGUAUUUGGGGGGAUGUGAGGCCAGCCCUUUCACUAGGGGCCUCAGUGCAGUUGUUAUGUAUUUCUUACAGACUUUCAUUUCUUCGCUGUCCUUUACCAUGCUAUAUUUUUAAGGAGCAAAGGAAAUGUAGGUAUGCACCUGUGGAGAUUCUGCUGAGUGUGCGAUCUUAU